GUGAGGAUGAAGAUGUGGAUUAUGAGGGGUAUCACUAUAUUGCUGUUGUGGACUUGCUUUGCUCAGUUGUCUGCCAUUGGAGAAGUUUGGGGCUCUAAGCUCCUCCUCCUCAAGUCUUGGCCUUCUCGGAACCAUUUUCGUUCCAAGAGUAACGAUAAUAAUAAUGUGUCUCAUGAUCAUCUUCUCCAACCAAUUCCAACCUCAUUUCUUUCCUCAAUGAGAGAAGUUCACAACAACAAUGGCUACCUAGUAGUUUCUUGUAAUGGUGGGCUUAAUCAAAUGCGAGCUGCAGUAGGUUCAUCUCGAUUAUAUAUGCGACAUGGUUGCCAUUGCACAAUACUUAAAUGUCACUCUUAUUGUGCCAGAGCUCGACAAAACUUCCUUCUGGUCUGAUCCAAGUGAUUUUGAGGACAUAUUUGAUGCUAAUCAUUUCAUUGAAUCGUUGAGGGAUGAGGUUCAUAUCCUCAGAGAGCUACCUCCUAGACUUAAGCGAAGGGUACAACUUGGAAUGUUUUACGAGUUGUCACCUGUGAGCUGGUCAAACCUUUCAUACUACCAUGAUCAAGUACGUACGGUACCUCCUGAUUCUUCCGCAGAUAAAAAAGUAUGAAGUUGUACGCUUCAAUAGAACUGAUUCAAGGUUGGCCAACAAUGGAUUACCUCUGGGGAUUCAGAAGUUGCGAUGCAAAGUGAACUUCAGUGCUUUGAGGUUCUCUUCUCACAUAGAAGAAUCUGCUCAGAAAGUUAUCAAGAUUUUGAGGCAAAAUGGUCCUUAUAUGGCACUCCAUCUUAGGUAUGAAAUGGAUAUGUUAGCCUUCUCUGGGUGCACCCAUGGUUGCAGCGAUGAAGAGGCAGAUGAGCUUACUAGAAUGAGUAUGAAUUUGUGUAACCCAGUCUAGUAUGAUCUGAUCUGGAUUGUUACUAAAAUAUGUCCAAGUGAACAAGUCCUAAAGAGUAACUUUUUAUGUUGGGUCUAACACUCUUACCUAGUGAAACCCAACACCAACCAUGGCCCAUGUUUAGGUAUUCUACUAAACGAUGGAAGGAGAAAAUCAUAAAUUCUGAAUUAAAGAGGAGAAAAGGGCUCUGCCCAUUGACACCUGAAGAAACUGCUCUGACUCUUCAAGCCUUGGGAAUCAAUCCCAGUUUUCAAAUAUACCUAGCAUCUGGAGAAAUAUAUGGUGGACCAAGAAGACUGCAAAAUUUGUUUGCAGCAUUUCCAAAUAUGGUCAGGAAGGAGACCCUGCUUGAACCUUUAGGACUGAGGCUAUUCAAAGGACAUCAAUCACAGAUGGCAGCAUUAGAUUACCUUGUCUCACUAGAGAGUGAUAUCUUUGUUCCAACCUAUGCUGGAAACAUGGCCAGAGUUGUUGAAGGUCACCGCAGGUACUUAGGUUUCAGGAAGACUAUUCUACUAGACAGGAAAGUUAUAGUUCGCUUAACAGACCAA